AUGCCCUCCUCACCUGCAUUGAUCUUCAUGGUCAUCUUCUUCCUGGAGUUGUUGGCUGCAAUGCUGCAGAAUGGCUUCAUAGUUACUGUGUCGGGCAGGGAGUGGGUGCGACGCCUGGUGCUGCCCGCAGGUGACAUGAUUAUGGCCUUCCUGGCCGCCCGGUUCUGCCUGGACAGGGUGGCCAUCCUGAACAACGUCUUGACCUUCUUUGAAAUGGACUAUUACCACAUACCCUGGAACUUCAUCAACACUCUCGCUUCCUGGCUCACUGCCUGGCUUGCUGUCUUCUAUUGUGUGAAGAUCGCUGUCUUCUCCUACCCUGUUUUCUUCUGGCCGAAGUGGAGGAUUUCUCGGUCAGUGCCCAGGCUGCUGCUGGGCUCCCUGGUCUUCGCUGGUCUGACAGUCAUCUCAUCAGCCACUGGGACUAGAAUUCUUAUGCAGAUGAUUUCCUCCCCGAGUUCCCAAGGAAACAGCAUCCUGGCUGAUACAGUACAGCCCUUCUCAGUGAGCAUCGGCUUCUUCAUCACUGUAACAUUGAACAUGGAGUGGUUGCUACAGAGAACACUGUUACCUUGUGAUAAAUUAUUAGUCAGCCUGGGGGCCUCUUGCUUCUGUCUGCAGUGGGUGGUGAUGAGGAAGAGCAUUUAUAUUUUCCCGUAUCCAGUGGCCUUCCCAUACAACCCUGUAUUGCAGUGCCUAGCCUUCCAGUGGGACUUACUGAACACUGCCACAUUAUGGUUCUUGACCUAGCUCAGUGCUUUCUGUUGCGUGAAGACCACAACCUACACCCUCCCCAUAUUCCUCUGGCCAAAACAGAAGGUGUCUGGGUUGGUUCCAUGGAUGCUGCUUAGUUCUGUGGGACUCUCCAGCUUGAGCACCAUCCUUUUCAUAGGCAACCAGAGCUUAUAUCACUACUUUUUAAGGAGAGGGUUGCAAUCUUGGAAUGCCACUGGAAAUACUAUAAGAUCAUACGAGAAAUCCUACUUCUCUUUAAAACUUGUUACCUGGACAGUCUUUAUUCUUGUCUUCUUUUUUUGCAUGGUUUUGCUCAUGUCUCUAGAAAGACACAUUAAGAAGGCCCUGCUGUAUCACGGCUUUUGUGACCCCAGUGCCCAGCCACACAUCAAGGUUCUUCUGGCUCUCAACUCCUUUGCUAUCCUCUUCACCUCCUAUUUUCUGUCGGUGCUCAGCAUUGCAGGUGUUUUUCUCUUGGAAUUUAGGCACUGGGUGUGACAGGCAAUGAUUUAUUUAUGCAUAGCUGGCCACCCCAUACUGCUCUUGAGCAGCCCCAAGCUGAGAGGUGUGCUGGAGGGGGGCUGCCGUGCACAGUGCUGGGCAUCUUGA